UCAACAGGGCACGGAGGAAGAGGUGUCCGGCUGCGACUCUUCACGUUUUGACCCGUCCGGGUUUUGCCUUAAACAUUCCUCCCGAACCUGCUGGACUUCUGAUGAGAGUCGAGCUCCGGUUGACUGAUCUUUGUUGGUAUCUGCCAAGCAGCUGAAUGAGUCUGGAUCUGACAGAAAUGAAGAACAGCUCUCACACGCUGCCACCUUUCUCCUCGUCUCCCACUGCUCUCGGAGGCUCUCUGACCUUGACCUCCUCACCUCCGUCUCUCCCUCUGUCACCCGUCUCGUUCCCUCCGUCCCCCAUCUCUCUGUCUCCGGCUGCAGCGGAGUCCGCUCGUUCGUCCUCUCCUGUUUCACACCUCGCCGCCUCUCAGUGCCUCGAAGGACGCGGCUUGGGACAUUGGGACACGUCCGACCAGGAUGAUCUGACCUGUCUAAACUGGCUGCACCAGAGGGGCGACCUGCUGCCCCUGCAGCCUCUGACCAAAGUGACUCCGUUACCCCGGCAACAGCCCGGGCAGCUUCCUCCUCCUCCUCCUGCGGCGGCGGCCUCCUCCAAGCCGCCGUACUCCUUCAGCAGUCUCAUCUUCAUGGCGAUAGAAGAUUCUCCUCAGAAGAGGCUCCCGGUGAAGGACAUCUACGGGUGGAUCGUGAGCAACUUUCCAUACUACAGGACGGCCACCGGCGGCUGGAGGAACUCGGUGAGACACAACCUGUCGCUGAGCAAGAGCUUCCGUCGCAUUCAGAGGGACAAGAGCCAGUCGGUGGGGAAGGGGUCGCUGUGGUGUGUGUGUCCAGAGUAUCGGCUGGCGCUGCUGGAGGGUCUGAGGAAGACCCACAGCUAUCACGGCUCCAGCAGCUGUCUGAUCAACAAGCCUGUACUGUGAGUUCAAUCAAAACAUGAGUAAUUUAGGGCUGAAACAAUUAAUCUUGUUAGGAGAAUUUCUUUCGCUGCAAAUGCAUCCAAACAAUAAACUACAAAUGAUCAACAGUAAUGCUGUUAUUACAUUUUAGACAAUAAAGUUUUAGGAAUUAUUAGUGUAUUUGCUUCUAUUAAUGUACGUCAAACAUUGUGUAAAAAUGCUUUAGUAGUUAAAUGAAAAAUCUGUAGACUGUGCCAAAGUUUUUAUCUGAUUAGUCGUCAGAAUAAUCAAUAGAAUAAUUGAUUACUAAAAUAAUCAAGGUGCAGCCCUACUGUAAAUGUCAGAUGAUUAUUUAUUCAUUAUAUUACUACAUUAUAUUAUUCUUCAAAUUUGGUUUACCUCAGAAAGGGACUCUCAGUCCAACUUCAGUCAGAAGUUUCUUCA